CCUUUUUUUGCUGAUUUUCAGACGUGACAUGAGCGCCAGGUAAAUUGGCAACGUUGGCUCAACACUUCGUGCAGGCCUGGUGGGUUUGGUAGGCAUCAUUCCUGGUUGGGGAAUCCCAAAUUCCCGGUAUUAGAUCGCAGUCUCGGUGAUUCAGUGAAACCACGGCAUUGGGGUCUUGUUGACAUGUCUAGAUCUGGAACUUAUCGGGGAAGCCCUGUCAAGAUAGUGACCUUCUACAAUGGCAAGUGCCUCCCCACUACAACCGAAUAUCCUUCCCGGCGACCAACUUGCUGAAGACCUGAUUUAUACCCUCUGUCAGGAAGUUGGUGGACGGAAAUCUGCCUCAGAGUUGUUCUGGUCACUAUCUGCAAGCUGGCAACAACAGUUCAAGACGGAGAAGGGCUUCACUCGAUUCCUCACGCAGUACAGUGACGUGUUCUCAUUUAAGCAGCAGCGCGGGACGUUCAUCGUGCAACCACAGACAUGUCUCGACAUCUGCAAAUCUUACACGACCAAGACAGGUUGUCGCGACAUGAACAACUGUGGUGGUCUUCACAUCUGCAAGUUCUUCAUGAUUGGCGGGCAAUGCAGAUUUCCGGAUCAGAAAUGCCGAUUCGGACACAAUUUGAAGACCAAUCAUAAUCAAACAUUGCUACAGCAGCACAGGCUUUCUUCUCUUCCGCUACCUUACGUAAGAAAGGUCUUUGAAUUGAGCCGCAGCAAUCUUAAGAACACUUGUCCAAAACCCUGCAAGUUCUACAACGCUGGCAAAACUGGUUGUAACCGUGGCCAGAAGUGUGCACAUCUUCACGUCUGUCGGCACUUCCUGAAGAAUACAUGUACCUUCAACGUCCGCUGUAAACGGAGCCACAACCUGAUGGAGCCCCACACUUUGUCCAUCCUUCAGAGGCACGAAAUCGACACAAGGCAAACCCCCAAAGACCUCCUGACCGCACUUCAGGCCAUGCUGGAAGACACUGACGAUGACUGUUCCUCAACUGCUUCUGGACACUCCGAUCUCGGACAAGCGAAUUUCCCAUUCGGAGGAUUGCUUCAUACCUCACCAAGAGCAAACCCACUGCAAGCUCCGUGUUUUUCCCCCGCCAGCAACCUCCAGCAGAUGAGGCAACUUUCCGUAUCAUCCAUUGCUGUUGAUGACGAGGAGACAGAAAUAUGUAUGUUCUACUUACGAGGAAAAUGUGGCUUUGGAAAGAACUGUCGCAUGCACCAUAAGGACAACCCAUAUCAAUGGCAGUACUUUGAUGACAACACUGAAGAAUGGACGGAUAUGAUGGACAGCGACUUGACGGAGGUCAACUACUGCAAGGUUGAGAAUGACGAGUGUUUUGUCUGUAUGUGGACACCAGCAACUAGAAAUACCUCUUCAAGGUCAUUGGCCGUGAAAGUCGACUUCAGGAAUGAUGAUGCCUUGACAGCGAAUUUCCCGGAUUUGAAGAGGACUAUGAAAGUCCGCCGUCUCAGUACUGCCUCGUCGGUUAAGAAGCCAGCAUCUUUCGCGUAUGUGACCAAAUGGAAUUGGUAUUGGUUGGAUGACAGCAACAAGUGGAGACAAUAUGGGUCCGAGAAUGAUAAAACGGUGAAGUCCAAUGCCACUGCGGAGGACAUAGAGGACGCAUACCUUACUUCAACUGGUCACUUCCAAUUUGAUACCACGGAAGGUCAAAAAUAUGACCUUGACCUAACGAGGAUGGUGCAGAAGAACAUCCAAUACGCGACGGAGAGGAAGGUUCGUCGGCGACCUGAGUUCAUUGACUGGAAGGAGGAGGCAAAGAAGAGAGGUCGAACAACCAGUGAGAGUUCAGACCAUUCCAAAGCUGGUCCUAGGGGUCCCGCGAAGUCCGCCAAGGGAAACCUUAAUACUGCCAGCGGUGGUGGAGGGGAUGCUACGAGGGGAAAAGUUGAUACAAAGAAGGACAAGAUCCUGAUGUCGUCUUACAUUCCGGAGCAUUGGGAUAUUUACGGAGCUGGCGGUGAUGACGGUGUUCAGUAUGUGAAAUUAGCCAAAUUCGGUGAAACAGCCCAGGAAUACCAGCGUAUAGAAGCGAGAUUCAAAGCAAGCAUGCCCAGCAGUAGCAUAACAUCUAUCAAGAGGGUCCAGAGUAUGGAAGUAUUCGAUGCUUAUGAUAGGAAGAGAACGGUGAUGAAGAAAAAAGGAAAAAAGGACCCAAAAGAGCUUCUCCUCUUUCACGGAACAAAAGCGGCCAAUAUCAGGCCAAUUUGUGAGCAGGGCUUCGACUGUCGGAUCAGUGGUUCAAGAACAGGUACCAUGUAUGGAAAAGGGACCUACUUCGGGACUGAGGCGAAUAUUGCCGCGAAUUACGCCGAUAGCAAGUCGAUGUUCGUGUGUAACGUCCUGGUUGGAGACUACUGUCAAGGGAUGUCACACUAUGUCCGGCCACCACCAAAAGACCCACAGAGGAGCAAUGAGAACUUUUAUGAUUCCUGCGUGGAUAACAUGAGUAAACCAAAAAUGUAUGUCAUAUUUAAACCUGAGCAGACCUACCCUGAGUAUAUCAUUGAGUACGAAUAGGCUUAUUAACUUACCACGCCAUUAGGGCUGGUCCCUGAGUGGUCGAAUUGCACAAGAGAAUAUCCCAACAUGUAAAGCGUCGAAGAUACUCUAAAGCCCGCAGCACACUAGCCGCCAACUUUGGCGACAAGAAGCGUUCGGCUGACGCCUCUCGACGCCAAAGUUGGUGGCCAGUGGAUCCCGGUCAGAGCACACCUGCCCAGAAUUGGCGUACAGUAGCAUCUUUUCCACCACUUUAACCCAUCCUGGGCCAUGCAGCGCGAAAUCAUGUGACAUCAAGACGCAAGCUGAUUGGCCAUAGCCUCGCCGCCGACGCCAAGUCAGGCAGCAAUCCGUAGCACACCUGGCUUCUUCUUGCGUUCAAACGCGGCGACACGCGUCAAAAAUCAAACAUGUAAGAUAUUUGGCGUUUAGUUGCGGCAAGUCGCGUUCGCCGACGCCGUUCGUAGUAGACUAGGGAUUUUUCAGGCGUUCAGGACUCUUGCGGCAAAAAACGCCUGUGAACGCCGAAGUUGGCGGCUAGUGUGCUACGGGCUUUAGUUCAAACUGGGCUUGAGCAUCCUGGCAUCAGAGGUUUUCAAUAUACUCCCCCUGUCGAUAUUACUAACCCCUGGUGAAAUCCAUCCCCUUCAGACUUAUUGUAGCGGUAGAAAAAAAUGCGCCCAAUCAGAGCGCAGCGAUCAAACGUUGCAGCAUCGUUAUGCAAGCACGCCUUUUCAUUGCAUGAUUGCUACGAUUAUACACUACGAUCGGCGAUUGCCGUUACCAAUUGCGCAUCCCUACGCUGCUUAUCGAAUAAUACAAUACAUGUACAAGUAGUUGGAACAGCGCAGUGGAUUUUAUUGCUUUUUCUCAGGGUUUUGUAUGACGAAGGAGGAAAAAAGCCUGAUCUCAGGAUGGGGCUUGAUCGAGAGGAUCGGAGGGUCAGGUUCGGAUCAAGAUCUAGGCUGGUCUGUUUGCUGAUAGACAGAAUAGCUGUGUUUUAAACGUUUGGCAAAUAAUCUUUUAAAUGAGGAUCCGCUGAAUGCAAUGAAUUGGGUUUGACUCGCUCAGGUCAAGAAUGGAUAAUAACUAACCUGGUUUCUGCUGUCGAAUGAUAUUCCAAUAAUUGGCCUGUUACUCUACUUUAACAUAACGUGUUUUUACUAUGUACGUCUAUUCCUUACUUUGCUAUAUAAAUAAGCAAAUUGGAGUUCCUACACGCAAAAUUUCCUUGGGCCUACCACCGUACUUCCAAUGAUGAUGCCGUUUAUUUAGUGACAUUUGCUUCCACAAAAUUUAUGAAGACGUAUAGACUUCUGUUCUUGCUUCCACACACAUACAUGUACAGACAUGUAAACUAAAGUUUUUUACAAUUUAAAAUGUGUAAUGCUUUUUUUGGCACUACAUGUAUUUCUGUGAUCGAAGGAAUGUCAAUUUCAACGUUUUAACGAAGGACGUAGGACGUUGAAGAGGAGCACGGUAACUUGUUCGUUUGUGCUGUCGAGGUUUGUCUCAAAAUUUCAUUGUAUAGUUCUUGGACGAGGAGUACAAUUGGAGAGCACUGGUUGUUUUUCUCGAUAACUUAUAUCUUGAUUUUGAUCUAGUCCUAACCCUUUCUAAAAUCUUAUGUAUGACCUUUUUAUAAUAUGUUGUUCACUAUCAUCACAUAGCGUCUUAAUGACUUGUACGCAAAACCUAUUCAUUUAUCAAGAUUACCAUGCUUUGCUGCUAUUUAUCUGUUAGAAAGUAUACUAACUGUAAAAGCGUUCAUGUUAUGCACUUGUAGGCGUUUAUUUACCUACGAAAUUGUAAGGGAAAAGCAGUCAGAGAUAGGCUGCAGAAUAUGUGCCAAAUGUGCAAAAAGUCACAAAAUUAAAAAGAAAGUAACGAAACAAAAUGAAAUGAAUAAAAUGAACAAAAUAAGCAAAAUAAGCAAAAUAAACAAAAUAAAUAAAAUAAAAUAGAACAAAAUAAAAUAAAAUAAAAUAAAAUAAAAUAAAAUAAAAUAAAAUAGAAUAGAAUAAAAGAUAAAACAAAAAAUAAACAAAAAACAAAAAACAAAAAAAACGAAUAAACAUUAAAAAAAACACGAGUAGUCGCUAAAAGUGUAACUUAUCAUUCUCAUUACCAGCGUCGCCUAUACUCUUCUGUCGUAAUGAAUUGUGGACGUGAAUUUGAGUCACUAUUUCCGCAGGUCGUUCAUCACGGAAAUCAAAUUGAUGGGCGGGCUAGCAAUGGCUAGCAAUUCGAUAAAACGACAGAUUUUUCCUCUUCUUUAAAUAAACGAUAACCAGAAAUCGAACAUAUUAUUAUCAUUGAGAUGUUUCAAGGGUCAUUGGCGAUACAAACUGCCCCAUCUCCUUAGGGAAAUAUAGUAUGACUACUUUGACUUGUCGAUGGUUGUAAUCAGUUUUGGGAAGAGGUGAAAGUAGAAACUUUACCGCCCGGCUAGACUCUUUCACCAGUCUCCUCCAUUCACUCAUUACAGUGACUUGUACUUGGCGGCAUUUCACUCGUCAUGAACUAGAUUUGGGGGCGUCGGCUUCCGGUGUCCGGACACGUUUUUUUCACAAAGAUGGGUAACCUCGAGCCAAGUGAAAAACCAGGAAUACCACGGAGCGCUCAGUAUUGACAGUGCAUCCACUGUAUGCACUGAAAAUGUAUGACUCAAUCAACGAGGCCUCCUCGACCCUCCGCUGCGCGGCGGAUAGGGUCGAGGUUACCUGGACUUCCGCUCGGCCCACAAUUUCUAUGUUGAGGGUGACCAUAGGUUCCACCAUUUUGGCUUGAACUUGAAAUCCUAAACAGCAAAUAGAACGCUUUCAAAAUGAAUUGAAUGGCAAUUUCAAGGGUGCGAAUCAGUUCUUUGUCUUCCAGAGAAUUUACUCCCAUCCCCGCAAGUGGCAUUCACUUCAUUUUGAAGUUCUAAUUGCUUUAGGAUUAGUGAGAUUGGUACAAAUGUAGAUUUAUUUUUCUCCAUGUGAUGGCGCUGUCAAACUAUGACGUAUAUGUAGCGGUAACUUUGGAAUUUUCACCGAAACGCUGGUGGACGCUGACAUAUGUUUGGGGGAGAUUUGGUGAAG